GAGAGAGAGAGAGAGAGAGAGAGAGAGAGGGUGUGUGUGUGUGUGUGUGUGAGAGCUCUACAGGUUAAGGAGCUUGGUUACACACGUAACACCUCCUCGUCCUGUGACCUAAGAGGAACAUAAUGGAGCUGUGGACCAGGAUCGACCCGGUUCUUUAAUCCAAGACAGGACGUCCCGAGUGUGUGUGUGUGUGUGUGUGUGUGUGUGUGUGUGUGUGUGUGUGUACGCGCUUCUCCGCGUCCAACCGGAGGAUCCGUCCCGGUGCCACGUACCUGAGGAACGAGAUGAAUCUGUGGCCAAUCAGUCGUCUGUACGUUUGCUGGUGAUGUCAAAAAUCUGACAUGGGGAAGAGUUUGUCCGAAACCGAUGGAAUUCGCACACAGCAUCUCUGACAAGAGUGAGGUCUUCGCCCGCUCAGAGACUCGUCCCCGUUUAAGAUGGUUCAGCGAAGGUCCCCUGUGAUUAUUCCUCCCUCGCGGGCUAUGGUUGCACCCGGCACGCGGUCAGGAACGUCCUCCUCCUCCCGCCUAUGACAUGGUUUGACUCACGCGCGCUCCGGUCACCACGAUGGCCUCCAUGGUCGCCAACGCAAACCGGGACGAGCAGUCUCUGGUCUUGAAGGGCGUGGAUCCGGAGACCUGCAUGAUUGUUUUCAAGAACCACUGGGCUCAGGUGGUGAAGAUCCUAGAGAAGCACGACCCCCUGCGCAGCAGCUCCGCCCUGUCCUCCCUGAGCGCCAUCAACCUCGGCGGCGGCCCCGGCGGAGGCCCUCGCUUUGGCCCCGUCCCGGGGGACGAGGCCAACGCGGUGCAGAACUACGUGGAGCACAUGCUGUUCCUGCUGAUGGAGGAGGAGAGCGGUCAGGCCGGCGCCAUGGGCCCCAUCCUGGAGUUCGUGGUGAUGGAGAACGUGAUGGAGCGUCUGUUCGUGUGGAGCCUCCGCCGGGAGUUCACCGACGACAUGAAGCUGGAGCAGCUGAAGAUGUACGAGAUGCUGGUGGGCCAGGCGCGCCAGCCGCUGCUGCACCACAAGCCCAUCCUGCGGCCGCUCAUGAUGCUGCUGUCGUCCUGCUCGGGCAAGGCGGCGGCGGCGGCGGUGGAGGCCGAGCUGGUGCUGCUGCUCAACCAGCUGUGCUGCGUCCUGGCAAAGGACCCGACGGUGCUGGAGCUGUUUUUCCACACCAGCGAGGACCAGGGAGCCACCAACUUCCUCAUCUUCUCCCUCCUCAUCCCCUUCAUCCACAGGGAGGGCACAGUGGGCCAGCAGGCCCGAGACGCGCUGCUGCUCAUCAUGUCGCUGUCCGCUGAGAACGAGCGCGUGGCCAAACACGUCGCGGAGAACACCUUCUUCUGUCCGGUGCUGGCCACGGGGCUGAGCGGCCUGUACUCGUCUCUCCCCACCAAGCUGGAGGCUCCCACCGAGGAGUGGCACUGCCUCCACCGAGAGGACUGGCUCCAGAUGCCGCCCCUCGUCCAGUUCCUCAACUCGCUGGAAUUCUGCAACGCCGUCAUCCAGGUGGCCCACCCUGUUAUCAGAGAGCAGCUGGUCGGUUACAUCUACAACGGGUUCCUCGUGCCUGUCCUUGCACCCGCUCUUCACAAGCUGACACUCGAGGAGGUGAUGACCACCACAGCGUACCUCGACCUCUUCCUGAGGAGCGUCUCGGAGCCGGCCCUGCUGCAGACCUUUCUCUCCUUCAUCCUGCUCCACCGACACGAGAGCGUCCACAUCCUGGACACCCUGGUCAGCCGCAUCAACACCCCCUUCCAGCUCGGCACCGUGUCACUGGCGCUCUUCCGCACCAUGAUUGGCUUGUACUGUGAAGACGUGAUGCUGCAGCUCAUCUUGAGGUACCUGAUCCCCUGCAAUCACAUGAUGUUGAGCCAGAGGCGCGUGGUGAGGGAGAGGGACUGCUACUCCGUGUCGGCGGCCAAGAUCCUGGCGCUGACACCGUCCUGCUGCUCCCCGGAUCACAGCCCCCCGCCCCUGCGCCAGCUGGACUCCAUCCUCUUUUCCAAGGGCGCGGAGACCGCCAGUAGCACCGGCGCCACAGAGGUAAAAGGGAGCUUCUCGCAAGAGGACGACGACAACUCCUGCACCAUCGGGUCAGAAGUCUACCUGGACGUCAGCUACCUUCACUACCUCUGCGACGCCCACCUGACCAUCAGCGGCUGCACACGGGCCUGCCACGUCUGGUCCGCCCCGUACGACGGCGAGGACCCCCCUCCGGAGAAAUACCAGCCUGGCGUCCUCGAGGACCCCCGGCUCCAGACUCGACAAACCCAGACGGCUCUCAAGAGAGUUCCGCAGCCGCCGGCGCCGCGCCCUCGACCCGACCCGCCGCCGGCGCACGCGGAGCCGCCCUCCGUCCCACUCCAGCUCCAGGAGCUGGAGUGGGACGACAGUUACGACGUGCGCGCGACGCAGACGGCGGAGGCUCCGGCGGGGAGUAGACCUCCGCGGCUGCCGCCCGCCGAGCCCCCGCAGCACAUCCAGGCGAUGAGAAGAACUGCCAUCAUGUUGGUCAAGGGCUCGUACAUGGAGGAGAACGAGUUCGAGGAUGACGUCAGGGUGUACGAUCUUGUCGCCAGGAAAGACGCUGGAGACCUCGAGCGUGGCAAACAAAACCCCAACAGGUCGGAGUCAGAGGAACUCCAACCGGGCCCGGCGGACGCUCUCCUGAAAAAUGCACUGAGCGCGACACGCCCCGGCGCCGCGGUGGCUGACAACGGCAAGAAGAGCUCGGGCCCAAAGGCCAAAGUUCAAACGGAUUGUAACUCAAACCUCCAAAACGCAACUGCAGUCGAGCUGGGGGACGACCUGCUGGCCCAGUACGAGGAGCUCAUUCGCGCGUUGGACGCGCGGGCGGCCGGGAGACCGGCUCAGGCCGACGGGGAGCUGAAGAGGCCUGUCGCGCCGGUGGAGGAGGGCGAGGAGGAGGAGGAGCAGCUGGACUUCGCCUCCUUCUCCGCCGAGACGCCGGAGCCCGACAAACUGCAUUCACCGCUUGGGCCCAGGACAUGCAGCGGCGGCGCCGGUCGGAGCCACUCGCUGCCGUUUACGGGUCCGUUUGUCAGCGUGCUGCUGUCUCGCCUGGAGAACAUGCUCUCCAACUCGCUGUAUGUCAACCUGCUGUUGACGGGCAUCCUGGCUCAGCUGGCGGCCUACCCCCAGCCCCUGCUGCGCUCCUUCCUCCUCAACACCAACUUGGUGUUCCAGCCGACCGUUCGCUCCCUGUACCAGGUACUGGCCACUGUGAAGAACCAGAUAGAAGAGCUGGCCGCCUCCAGAAAGGACUUUCCGGAGCUGAUCACUGCCGCCCAGCACUGGAUGCUGGCCAGGGAGACGCUGAUGGCAGCAGACACAAACAGGGCCAGUGGCUCCGCCCACGGCGAGGCGGGGAGGCUCCUGAAGAGUUCGCCGCCGCCGCCGCCGAAACCCAAAGCCAUCUCCCUGGAUCGGACCGAGGUCUUCGCCACCGUCCUGUUCACGGAGUUCCUCAAAGAGCUGGCCGCCAUUGCACAAGAGCACUCCAUCCUAUCUUACAUUCCUAUGGAAGAGUAAAACGUCCCAGUAGGCCUCAGUGAUGAGUCCAACUUGACCCUCUGAUUUAAAAAAGACUCUUUGAUGGUGGUUUUCUAUUUUUUAUUUUCCUUCCAGGCACUACUUGAUGAAGAAAAACCUCUAAGAUUCAGUGAUUUAUACAACUAUUUUUUUUUGACAAAUAUUUAUUUUACGAGCAAAGACAAUCACUCUCUCGUGCUUUCUUAAUUCCAUCUUUCUAGUUCUGUGAAGUGUGAGGUCCACACUUUGAGCUGGACAAUCUGUGACCUGUGUGCCGGAGCGUCCACCAGGUCGACCGACCAAAGACCGUCGAGAGAGGAGUUUUAACAAAUCAUCGGCCCUUAUCUGAGCUGCCCUCCUUCUGAAUGUCUUCUACAGCCAGCUCCGAUCACGAGUGUAGCUGUUGUCAGACACAAACUCGAGAUUGUCCGAGUCAGACACGGCGGAAAACCUCCGGAACAUUUUAAGGGCCGGAGGGGGUGGAGCCGAGGUGGAGACACGCCUCUGAGUGACACGCCUCUGAGUGACACGCCUCUGAGUGACACGCCUCUGAGUGACACGCCUCUGAGCGACAGGCCUCUGAGUGACACUCCUCUGAGUGACAGGCCUCUGAGCGACACGCCUCAGCGACACAGGCCUCUGAGCGACAGGCCUCUGAGCGACAGGCCUCUGAGCGACACGCCUCUGAGCGACACGCCUCAGCGACACAGGCCUCUGAGCGACAGGCCUCUGAGCGACACGCCUCUGAAUGAGCAGCAUGUCGUUGUGAUGUCACUGUUGGAGCUGGCAGUUGGGGGCCGGCAGCAGAAACACACGCUGACCUUGUUUUUCUGUCACAUGACUUGUAGCGAAACAAGUCUUUAGUCCUCAAACUUCACAAAGCGGUGUCUCCACAGUCGCCGUGUGUGCGGUGUCGUGUUGGCUAUUUUCUGUCGGUUCACGAUGACGGCACCUCAGGAGUUCUUCUCGACGCACCUUCUCUUCUUUCGGUUCGGAGAAAAAGCAAUUUUCCUACGAUGCACUAGUUUGCCACAUUAACGGGGCUCCACAUGUUCUCCAGACAAUAGCACAAAGAAACCAGGAUUGUUCUUAUAUUCAAUAUUUAAUUUGCCUUACUUCAGUGAUGCUUUAUAAUAAUGUACAGACAUGUAAGAAAACUAUUCUAAUGACAGAACACUAUGCAAAUCAAGGAUAUUUUAGGUAUAAUUAAGUAUAGGAUAUUUUCAGAAUGGGACUGGGUAUUCAAGCUUUUUUGAGACUUUCUAUUGCCAUAUUUUUUUUCGUCAAUGAGGUCAUAUUAAAGACUUCUUAGUUAUGGUUUGUCUUAUAUGUAGGCGUUGUGUAGGGUGUUGUAGUGGUGAUAAAUCUGAUAUAUCACUGUUGAAAAUCAUCUCAGACUGAUAUGGUUACCGAGGGGAACCUGUCGAAAAUUGCCUUUAUUUUAGUCAACAUGUUUAUUAGAAUGAAAAUAUUAUACAAGAGAUAUAAUUUGUAACAAAGUCUGCCUCUAUUCACUGGAUUUACCAGGACAGAAAUAGGUUUAAAUUGGUGCCUAAUUAUAAAUUAUGAUUUAUUUUUUUUGGUUCACAUUAUUGCCUGAGUGGAUUUACAAAGAGGCAAUGCAAUAUGAAAAGUUGUUUUACUUGAAGCUGUCCAUUGUUGGAGUGUAAAAGGAAAGGCCAUAGGGAUUGAAGAUGUGUGCAACCAUACAGUUUAUUGUUUUUAUGUAUUUGACUGCGAGGGCUCAGUUUCUAGAAACAGAGUAAAUCCAUCCCCGUCCUUUUCCAUCCACGAUUUGAUCUGAAGUUGCAGAGCAUAUGAUGGGGACAUUUCUUAAGAUAAUUUACCUUUAGUCAAUCCUAUAUUUUAGAUAGAAAAAUAUGACACAACCAAUUCAAAAUCAUAAUUCAGAAUCAGACACUGAGAUAAUGGAUGGCUUUGAAUAGAGACAAAAUGUAACAUGCUUUUUACAGAAACAAAAUGUAGAAAAGUUUUGUGGUUUACUCUGAGUUGAUCAACGUUUUCGCCCCAUCAAUUUAUAGCUUUAGUUUUAAAAAUUCGAUGGUGUAUUUUUGUUCCUAUUUAAAUAGAUGCAGUUUCUACCUCAUGCUAUGCAGGUAAUGAAUUAUGCAGCAGGAUCUUUCUGGGAUAAUGUGUGUGUGUGUGUGUGUCGUCCCCCCGUCCCCCCCCAGCCUCACAAAAAUGGCUUUGAAAUGUAUAUUUGUGUUGAACAAUGUUUCCCUCUCUGGUGAAAGAAUGUUGCAGGGCACUUUAUCAGCCUUUUCACACUCUGCACUGCUGACACAGCGCAGGUUCAGCCUGCCGUCCGCAACACACCCGGCACGGAAUGACAAUCGGUGCUGCAGCUGCUUUGUGGCAUGAAAACGGGUACAAUGACCAAGGUUAUAGAGCAGCUUCUGUCUCGGUAGCUUCCAAAGAUUCAUCCUCUCAGUGAUCUGGAUGCUGUUUGUUGCUGAUGUGUGAGACAAAAAGUCAUGCCUCUGUCAAUAAAGACAACUUCUGGUGAAUGAAA